GGAGCACCUGUGGCUAGUGGUGGCCUGUGGCAAGCGCUGCAGCCUGGCUGUGGGUGCGCCAUGGGCGGGAUCACUGCCACUGCUAUAAAUAGGGCUCACAGAGAGCUGGCCUGGCAAACCCAGAGCUGAACCAAGCAGCGUGGAGGAGACGGCGUGGGACAGGGGUGGGGCGAGCCACACUGAGGAGGAGGUGCCUGUGCAGUGCUGGGGAGGGCAGUAGUGCGUGCUCCAUGCCAGUGCAGCAUCUGUAGGGCUCGGGCACUUGCCAGAAUAUGGACUGCAGUGCUGGGGCAGACCACUAAGGGCUUCCCAGCUGGUGUGGCUCCUGCAGCAGGCACUGGGCAAUGGCACAAGCUCAGGUGGGGCUCCCAGGACCCUUCCCGGAACCCCUCGUUGGGUCAUGCCCUGACUCCGACUUCGACUCUGACUCUGAGGAUGCGACCAUGGGUGGUGCAGGGCCUGGUGCUGGGGUGCAGAAACCCUCCCAGGUCAUCCACAGUGGCCACUUCAUGGUGUCGUCGCCGCACAGCGACUCGCUGCCCCGUCGGCGCCACCGCCAUGCUGAUCCCAAGGCAGCUGAUCCACGGAGCAUCGACCCGACCCUGACCCGGCUCUUUGAGUGCAUGAGCCUAGAGUACAGUGGGAAGCUGGUGUCGCCAAAGUGGAAGAAUUUCAAGGGGCAGCGGCUGCUUUGCCGGGAUAAAAUCCGUCUCAACAAUGCUAUCUGGAGAGCAUGGUACAUCCAAUAUGUAGAGCAGAGGAAGAACCCCAUGUGUGGUUUCAUCACCCCCCUGGAAGGAUCAGAGGCUGACGAGCAUCGAAAACCAGAGGCUGUCGUGCUGGAGGGCAAUUACUGGAAACGCCGCAUUGAGGUGGUAAUGAGGGAGUACCACAAGUGGAGGAUCUACUACAAGAAGCGGCUCCGAAAGUCCAGCCGGGAGGGAGAGCUCUCCAGCCCAAAGCAGGACGAGGAUGCCUGGAGACCAACGGAGAAAUGGUGCAACCAGCUCUUCUGCAACGUGGUGCCCAUGCUGCUUGGGAACGAGGAAGAGGAGCUGGGGGGCCGGCAGCACUUCGACUUGGACACCUUCCUAUCAGACAUCUCUGACACACUCUUCACCAUGACACAGACACCCAGCACCCACCAGGCACUCCCAGAGGAUGCAUAUAUUGGGAAUGCCGACAUGAUCCAGCCAGACUUGGCUCCCCUGCAGCCCAGCCUGGAUGAUACCAUGGAGAUCUCAGAUAUUUUCAUCAGCCAUCGGCCAUUGCCUGCACAGACACAACUGGGCUACCAGGAGCCACCCUGUUUUGUGACUAUGGCUGAGCCCCUCUAUGUUGGCGGAGGGGCCGUGCCUACCAGCCCCAAUGCCCUGCUCCCUCCCAGCACCCUUCUCCAGGUGAGCAUGACCCCAGUUCAUGGCCCAUGGCUGCCAGUGUCCAAGCCACCCCUCCUGACAUGUCCCUAUUUCCCACAGCCUGGCGGUGCCUCCCAGCUCAGCCUCCAUGGUGCCUUCCUCAGCUCCGAGCAACCCCCGCCACCCCUGGCCCCCGAGCCCCCUGCUGCGGUUCCUGGCAGCCUCAGCCCCCAGCUCAAACACAAGCCCUUGCUGCAGUACAACUUUCCUGGCAAGUGCGUCAGCAUGGAGCCGCUUGGCCUCCCCUACACCCCCCCCAGCCCAUCCCCUGGGCCCCCACUGCUGGGCCCAGAGCCCUCAUUUUCCCCCACCUCCGCCCCCCGCUCCAAGUUUCCCUACACUGCCUCACCCAGCCCCUCACUCCUUGCCCACCCUGCGUCCCCACUCUCCACACCAUGCUUUGCCCAGCACACCCCAGGCAUAGGCUAUGCUGUAGACAUGGUGCCCCCAGAGUACCCUGGCCCAGCUGCCCCCCAGCACCUGCCCCACACCACACCGGGCAGCCCCAGGUUUGCCACCCCAAAAGGGCCAUCCCCUGGCGGGAGCGGGCGGUCGAAGGCAAAGACUGGCAGCACCAAGGCGAAGAGGCUGCCAGGACCCUCCAUACCGCCACACCUGGCUGUGCCCAACCCCUGCCUGACCCAGCUGCUGACCACAGCCAAGCAGGAGCCAGCCCUGGAUACCUCGCCUGCUCAUGGUCCGUCACUCCUGCCUGCAUCCCCUGUCUCCCCGCAGAGCAGUGUCCCUGACGUCCCUGUCGCCUUCCUGUCCAGAGUGGCCCAGCUGAGCCCAGGGCUGUCUCCUGGCUCCAGCCCUUCCCAGGCAGUGCCAGUGCCAGUGAUGCUGGCGGGUGCUGCGCCAGGGCCGCUGCUGGUCCCCAAGGUGGAGCGGCUGUCCCCCACAUCAUCUUGCGGCAGUGACUGGCCCAAGCCCAGACAGGCCUCCUUGGGACCCAAUGCAGGGCUCAGCACUGGCAUCUCCCUGCAUCACCCCACAUCCCGUAGGGGCAGACCUGAGUCCAGCAAGAUAGAAAGCCGGCGUAUCACACACAUCUCUGCUGAGCAGAAGAGACGCUUCAACAUCAAGCUGGGCUUUGACACACUGCACAGCCUGGUGAGCACGCUGAGCACCCAGCCCAGCAUCAAGGUCAGCAAGGCCACCACCUUGCAGAAGACAGCUGAGUACAUAUGCAAGCUGCAGCAGGAGCGGGCAGCCCUCCAGGAUGAGGCACAGCGGCUGCGGGAGCAGAUCGAGGAGCUCAACAGCUCAAUCAACCUGUGCCAGGAGCAGCUGCCAGCCACAGGGGUGCCCAUCACACGCCAGCGCUUCGACCAGAUGCGCAGCAUGUUCGACGAGUACAUCCGCUCCUCCACACUGCAAAACUGGAAGUUCUGGAUCUUCAGCAUCAUCAUCCGGCCCCUCUUCGAGUCUUUCAACGGCAUGGUGUCCACAGCCAGCAUGGAGAGCCUCACCCAGACCUCUCUCGCCUGGCUGGACCAGCACUGCUCUCUCCCAGCGCUUCGGCCCACCGUCCUGAGCUCCCUGCGGCAGCUGAGCAUCUCCACCUCCAUCCUGAGCGACCCGGCGCGCAUCCCCGAGCAGGCGACGCGGGCAGUGACCGGGCCGCCCCGCGGCAGCUCCUCAUAGCCGCCCCGGGGCUGCCGCGCGGGCCCAGCCUGAGGCCGACCGAACGCCCACCGACGGCAGCGGGGAGCCUCCAGCGGGGCUGCGGGGGCGAUGGCGGGCGGGGGGGGGGGGGGGGGCGUCCGCGUGCCGGGGCGAUAAAGGAGCGCGUGCAGCACA